AUGACCGACCCUUCAUGUGGGCUAGUACUUGCCCCUGCCACACCGCCGAUGUCACGUAGAGAGAAGCUGCGCAAAAGUGCUAAGAUGCAAAACCACGCGCAGCCUCUAACUGUGGACAAGAUCUGGGUGGCGAAUGAAGUUGCAACAAUGAUGAUCUCUAAUUGGAAGGAGACGGUUGAGCAUAUCUCCCUAUUGGAGGCUCUUCGCCCCAAUCUCAAACCCUUUCGACCAAUACAGGCCCACCAGAACCAGCCCUUUCACCUCCUUCCAUCUGUAUCGGAACCCAUGCUCGUAAAAUCGCCAGAGGUUAUGAGUACGAGAGGCUUACCAGAUAGUGAGCCCGUCACAUAUGUUGGCCGCGGUUCACCUGAACCUUGCCUCCAACUUCGACAACUCCCAGACUCACCCUCGAAUGGACGACCCCGAUUAUUAAGGGUUAGAAGACUACGCUCUAGGCCGCCAACACCAACGGAAUUUUCAACGUUGGGCAACACCCGGUCCACAUCCGUGGAAACCCAAGGUGUCGAUCUGCUAGAGAAGGACUCUCGUGUUCCAAUUCCGUUCGUCUGCGAUAAAGAGAACGGAGAUCCUCACGAGCCUGGUAGUAGGAGGAAUCAGACCCAACUAGGUAUCCGACCCGUCGCAGAUGUCCACCCGAGCUCGCUCGGGCUUCUCCACGGGGGCAGUGACAAAGAUGACGUUGGCUCGAUCCUUCAAGAUCGGGUUUCUCAAGUGCCAAGUGAUAAGAAUAGGAUGACGGAUGGCGCCUCAGAAUCCGUCGAGUGCAAGAUAUUUGGCGUUGAUAAUUUGAUGGGCUGCCAGUCCUUAGCUGCAGAGAGAACCCCUCACCAAGUGGCUUGCCAGCCGAAUUCUGGGGCCUUUGCGCUUCAUAGCUUUCCAGGUCUUGGAGGAAAUGGGCUUGUCCAGCAUUCUUUGGAUCCCGUUGAGGUACAUAGAAAUGGAACCGAGCUUCGCCGGCCGGUGUACGAGACGGAUGAAAGAGUCUACGUUCCGGAAGAUGUACCUGGGGGAUCCUGUCCAGACUCAACAAAAUUCCGCCCAUGCCCAGGCCACAAGCCUACAACACCUUAUAAAAUCGGAGCCCCCGGUCAAUGGAGGUGA